AUGGCAUGCCCUCCUUGCCCGCCGUCGCCGCUCGCCAGGGUGCGGCUCGACGACGUGGCGCCCCACGACGGCGCGGCCGCCCCGGGCUACGCGCGCGCCGUCGGCGCCCUCGCCGCCUCGCUCGCCCGCCGCGGCGCCGCCGUGCUCGAGCUCCCCGCCGCCGACGCGGCCGUCGUCCGCUGCGCCCUCGAGUCCGCCCGCGCCUUCUUCCGUGGCCGCCACGCCGCCUACCUCUACCGCGCCGGGAGGACUUUGGAAGAUGGAGAGUUGUCGCCUGCUUGCAUGGCUGAUGCUUUCAGAUGUUUGGGCAAAGCAGCCCGUGCCGCUCUCAGUGCAAUAGCACGGCACCUGCGCCUACGUACCGACGUAUUCAACCAAUUACUUGAUGAUACUCCACUGCCGGUUAACGAGGUCUCCUCAUCAGAGUUGCUGGUGGCAUAUUCUCAUGAACAGCUCCAAAGUGGUCACACACUCAUGGGAUAUCUCAGCAGGUCCUCAAUGCCUCAAGUUGAUAGGGGAUUUGUGACACUAGUUGCUUCCGAUAAUCCAGGAAUUGAGGUUUGUGACUCAAAUGGCCAUUGGUACCUAGCUGAUGGGGUUUCAGGCCCAAAUAAUCUAUUGCUUCUGACUGGAAGGGCCCUAAGUCAUGUUACUGCUGGUCUUUGCCCAAUUUCCCAGUACAGGGUCACUAAUGAGAAUAGGGCAUCACUCACCUUUAGGUUGGUGCCUCAUGCCAGCGCUAUAUUGGAUUGCUCUCCAAUUUUAGCUGCUGGGCAUUGCAUACGACAGGUGUACCAACCCAUACCUGCAAGCCAAUUUAUGGAUGAUUCUUAUGCUGAAGAGCACGCUGUUUCCAGUCACUUGGAAGAACCUUCUGAAUCUCAGGGCAACUUUGUUAGCGACCCAUCACUCAGAAGUGUCCUGUCAGACCCUCUGUCUGGGGCUUUUCUUGAAGAUGCUAUGGUUCUUCAAUGUGGGCACUCAUUUGGUGGCGUCAUGCUGAAGAAAGUCAUUGAAAUGGCUAGAUGCACCAUUUGCAAUGGAGAAGUUGACCCAUCCUCCUUGUUUCCUAAUCUCGCUUUAAGAGCAGUAGCCACGGUGGUGAAGAUGGAGGAUGACAGGAGACUGUUUCAUAACGCCGCUCUUCGGAAGCGCAGGAAAGAUGUGACCGAGCAUACGGAUGUGCUGAAGCGGACUGGGAGUAGCAAAGGAAACAGUGAGCUUGCUCUGGAUGCUGAAAGCCCGGUGGCAUUCAGGGGAGUGCAGUACCCAUUUGUAGUGGGCGAGAGGGUCCUGAUCAUGGGGAACAAAAGGACGCCCGAGAAAUUUGUCGGGAAGGAGGCGGUCAUCACUUCGCAGUGUCUGAAUGGCUGGUAUCUUGUGAAGGCGCUCGACAGCGGAGAGAGUACGCGGCUGCAGUACCGGUCGCUGAAGAAAGUGCCGGAGCUGCAACUGCAGACGCAAGCGAGGCUGCUGCAGCCCCUGGCAUUUCUUGGAGGCAGACAAUAA